ACGAUGGAUUCCCCCUCCAUCUGUGUCGCACUUGCAGACGCCUUCCUGGUUGUCCCUGCGUGUUAUGAAAAUGUGUGAUAGGAUUUAAAGUGCUGGGGAUUCAGGAUGGCCCACGCGGCGCAGGAGAAGCAAUAUGCUCCUUCUCUAACAAAUUUUUUCAUCUAUAAUCCAAAGUUUGGUCCAAGAGAAGGAGAAGAAGAAAAAAAGAUCCUCUUCUAUCACCCAAAUGAAGCAGAAAAGAACGACAAAAUAAAAAAUGUUGGCUUGUGUGAAGCCAUAGUGCAGUUUACAAGGACCUUCAACCCAACAAAGCCAGCAAAGUCUUUGCACACUCAGAAGAACAGGCAGUUCUUUCACGAACCCGAAGAAGGUUUUUGGAUGGUUAUGGUGGUAAGGAAUCCAGCUGUGGAAAAGCAAAGAGAUGGUAGAAACGUUAUUGAAUAUCAAGAGGACGAAUUACUUGACAAAGUGUAUUCCUCAGUGCUGCAACAAUGUUAUAAAAUGUAUAAGCUAUUUAAUGGCACAUUCUACAAAGCAAUGGAGGAUGGUGGUGUUGCACUGCUCAAAGAUAGACUGGAGAAAUUCUUCCAUAGGUAUUUGCAAACCUUACACCUCCAGUCCUGUGACUUGCUUGACAUAUUUGGUGGCAUUAGCUUCUUUCCAUUAGAUAAAAUGACCUAUCUUAAAAUCCAGUCAUUUAUCAACCGGGUGGAAGAAAGUCUAAGCAUUGUGAAGUAUACAGCUUUCCUAUACAACGACCAGCUCAUCUGGAGCGGAUUAGAACAAGAGGAUAUGAGAAUCGUGUACAAAUACCUCAUUACGUCUUUAUUUCCUAGGCAUCUAGAACCCGAGCUAGCUGGAAGAGAUUCUCCUUUACGCCCAGAAAUGCCUGGCAAUUUACAGCACUAUGGAAGAUUUCUCACUGGACCUGUAAACCUCAAUGACGCUGAUGCAAAAUUUAGGUUCCCCAAAAUCUUUGUAAAUACAGAAGACGUGUACGAAGAACUUCAUCUGAUCGUUUACAAGGCAAUGAGCGCCUCUGUAUGUUUCAUGGUUGAAGCAUCCACGCAGCUCACACCAGAAUUCUGUCGUAAAUUGGACAGUCUUGUAGGACCUCAGCUUACAGUGUUGGCAUCUGACAUCUGUGAACAAUACAACCAUAACCGUAGGAUAUCAGGGCCUGAAAAGGAACCCCAGUUUAAAUUUAUUUAUUUCAAUCACAUGAACCUAGCAGAAAAAAGUACAAUCCACCUUCGGAAAACGCCGAGUAUGUCACAUAUAUCUGUACAGCCAGAGUUAAUGAAAAUUCUUGGAGACAUUAAUAAUGAUUUUACAAGAGCUGAUGAAGAUGAGGAGAUCAUCGUUAAGGCAAUGAGUGACUACUGGAUUGUAGGGAAAAAGUCUGACCAGCGAGAACUCUAUGUUAUUCUGAAUCAGAAGAACUCCAAUCUAAUAGAAGUGAAUGAAGAAAUAAAGAAACUUUGUUCAUCGCAGUUUAGUAACAUCUUUUUCCUGGAUUAACUUGCAAUUGUCUUCAGAAACGGCCGAUAACAGCCUCUUAACGUGGACAGAAUAUCAGUCAUAUUACUGACUGGAAUGACUGUUGUAAGGCAAUACUUGCCUUGUAAGAACUCGAUUUCUAUCUGUAGGCUCUGCAAAAAGACCGUUUUUAGAUUUUAACUAUUUAUCUGAACUCCUGCUCAUCUGUUCUUGAUCAUUUAAUUUGUGUUACAUGAAUACCAAGAUAAAAUAAAUCCAUAGAUCAUUGUUAUACUUUUAA